AUGUCAAAGCAUCCUAAACUUGAAAUAGAACUUGUAUCUUUUGGUCAAAUAGUACCUCAGUUACACUAUAGUGUUUAUUUUCGUUAUUGGUGGACUAUUAGAGAAGAUUAUAGCAAUAAAGAAAUAUUAUUAUUUCCAAUUCAUGUUGGUUGGCAAACCGUUUUCACACAAAACAACAAAAAGUUUUAUAUGCAUAUUACUGAAGGAAAUGAAUAUGAUGAAAAACAACCAGGUUUUAGAUAUCAUUCGGGUAGUAAAUUUAGCGAUAUUAAAGAGACCUCGAGUGUAGCAAUUACUAGCUUGUAUAAUCAACUUUUUUCAAACUCAAAUACUAAAUUUUCUGGACCAUAUGUUUUAGAUAAAUAUCUAAUUCAAGUAAUUAAUGUAGGAGUUAAAAAUAAUUCAGACUUAAUGAGUGCUGAUACAAAUUUGAACAAUGUAUGGGAAAAAGUAGGACUUUUUAAAAAAUUUUGUGGAACUCAACUUUUUGGAUUAGAAAAUUCGCUAACACAAAAAAAAAUUGCUGCUCAAAAAAUUCCUAAAUGUACACCAACAACAAGAUGUGUCGAAAUAACACCAUAUUCUAAAAAUCAAUCAGAGAUAUUCUCUCAAACAAUAACCAAAGCUAGGGCUUAUUGCAAUACAAACGGACCUGGGUGUGAAAUGUUACAAAGACCAAUAAUUACACGCGUUAGAAUUACUUCAGAAAUAGAACAGCAAUUUGAAAGAUUUUUUGCAGACAAAAACAUUAUAAAUAUAAGCUCAUAUAAAGUUGAUCUAAAAACCGGCCAACCUCUUAAAUAUCUGAAAGACUACAAAGAAACCUUGUGGCAAAAAUAUUUUGAAUUAUAUCUGACUGGAAUGAAAUGGACAACUUUUAUGGCACGCUUACAAGAUGGUUCAUAUACAUAUCGUAACGAUUUAGGUGGUUUAUGCUAUACUUGUAAUCAAUAUGGCUAUGGUGUUUUUGAAGAGUUAGAGAAGUUAAUUAAAAACAAGAUAGAAAAUCAAAAUAGUCAG